CUUCCCUUGAAGACGUACCAUCAUGAAAUACGUAAUAAUUAUCUCCUUGACUGCCGCGGCCGUCGCUUUAGCUGCGAAGCUUGAUCAAGUUCGACGACCUCAAGAUGCAAUAGAUUCCAGCGGAGCAAAUGUUGGUCUUCAAACGCCAUUUGGGUCCGAAAGUUUUGAAAAAUACCCAUCCCAAAACUCUGCGACGGAAAAUUACAAAAGUGAAAAAUACGCAGAAAACCAAGCAGAGAUCUUGAGGUUUGAGAAUGAGAUCAACGAAUUAGGGUAUCACUACGCAUACGAAACCAGCGAUGGAACUAAGGCGGAACAAGAUGGACAAGUUAUCCCUGGCGCAGUUCCCGAAGAAGGAUCUCUGAAGGUCUCCGGGUCAUAUUCAUACAUUGCUGAUGACGGGCAGACGUACUCCGUGUCUUACAUCGCUGACGAGAAUGGCUUCCGACCGAUAGGUGAUCAUCUGCCAACACCACCUCCAAUCCCUGAAGCCAUUUUAAAAAGCCUGGAGUUGACAUCACGUGAAGAUAAAUACAACAGUGGUAGGAGCAGCUAUGAUGCAGAUGCAGGCUACUGAAACUAUAUUAAAUUAGAAUAUAAUAAAUUACUAUAUUUUGUUAAAUAAA